UGAAAUCAGAAUCAAGGGGGCCGUGAUAAGGUUAUCAGCGUGGUCGUCGCGCGCCACAGGAUUGCCAAGACACGGGAAGCAAGGUGAAAACCAGCCCCACCAAUUACAGACUGUAGGUCUAACCCUACCCCAACGCCUCAGGCAGCAAAGGCCACACUGGCUGGCAAGCCUCCACCGCUUCCGAAAACGGACUAGUGCAUAUCUCCCAACACCAAGCACACGGGCAAUUUUCAGCACACACAAAAAAGUCGCAGACCGUCAACCAUCGCGAGAUGUCUUCUUUCGAGUCUGUGGUCGUCAUCGACGGCAAGGGCCACCUCCUCGGUCGCCUCGCCAGCAUCGUCGCCAAGCAGCUCCUCAACGGCCAGAAGAUCGUUGUGGUCCGCUGCGAGGCCCUCAACAUCUCUGGCGAGUUCUUCCGCGCCAAGCUCAAGUACCACUCGUACCUGCGCAAGAUGACCCGGUACAACCCCACUCGCGGUGGUCCCUUCCACUUCCGCGCUCCUUCCCGCAUCUUCUACAAGGCUGUCCGCGGCAUGAUUCCCCACAAGACUGCCCGUGGCGCCGCUGCCCUUGAGCGCCUCAAGGUCUUCGAGGGUGUCCCUCCCCCCUAUGACAAGAAGAAGAAGAUGGUCGUUCCCCAGGCUCUCCGUGUCCUGAGACUCCAGCCCGGUCGCAAGUUCUGCACCGUUGGCCGUCUCAGCUCCGAGGUCGGCUGGAAGUACGAGGAUGUUGUUGCCAGACUCGAGGAGCGCCGCAAGGCCAAGGGCGCCGCCUACUACGAGCGCAAGAAGCUCGCCGCCCGCCAGCUUUCCGAGGCCAAGAAGAGCGCCAAGGUCAACGACAAGACCGCCGAGGCUCUCAAGGAGUUCGGCUACUAGAGAUAGUAGCUGUUGCUUCAUCGACUUUUCAUCCUUUGUGCGUUUUCACUCUAGAUUGGCGCGGUUCAGGGCAUCAUCAACAUCUGCGAGGAAAUGUGGAGGAGUCAGUGGC